AUGGCCCCCUCCCAGCUUCCCCCGGUUUUCAACCCCACCUCGCAGGACAUUGAGAUGCUCCUUGCUGCUCAGUGCCACCUCGGUUCCAAGAACCUCCAGGUGCACAUGGAGCCCUACCUCUGGAAGACCCGUCCCGAUGGUGUCAACAUCAUCAACAUUGGCAAGACCUGGGAGAAGAUUGUUCUGGCUGCCCGUAUCAUCGCCGCCAUCGACAACCCCGCCGAUGUCUGUGUCAUCUCUGCUCGUCCUUACGGUCAGCGUGCCGUCCUGAAGUUCGCCUCCCACACCGGUGCUACCGCCAUUGCCGGUCGCUUCACCCCUGGUAACUUCACCAACUACAUCACCCGUUCUUUCAAGGAGCCCCGCCUCAUCAUCGUCACCGAUCCUCGCACCGAUGCUCAGGCUAUUAAGGAGGCCAGCUACGUCAACAUCCCCGUCAUUGCCCUUUGCGACACUGAUUCCCCCACUGAGUUCGUUGACGUUGCCAUCCCCACCAACAACAAGGGUCGUCACUCCAUUGGUCUUGUCUGGUGGUUGCUCGCCCGUGAGAUCCUGCGUCUCCGUGGUACUCUCGCUACCCGCGAGACUGAGUGGGACAGCGUUGUUGACCUUUACUUCUACCGCGACCCUGAGGCCGAGGAGAACAAGGAGAUUGCUGACGAGGCCAAGGUUGCCGGCGUUGAGGAGGUUGGUGCCGGUGCCGUCGAGUCCGGCUUCGCUGGUGAGAACUGGGAUGCCAACGCCCCCGGUGCCGGUAACCCUGGUGCUGCCUUCGCUGCCGCCAGCGCUGCCGUUGGUGCCACCAGCUGGGAGGCCGAUGGUGCCGACUGGGCUGCCAGCUCCGCUCCCCAGGGAGAGUGGGCUGACGCUCAGCCUGCCACCACUGCCCCUGCUACUGAGGCCAAGUGGUAA